GACCUGCCGGCCGUGGUGAGGAAGGUGGCCAAAUUCCUGGGGAAGGCGGUGACGGAGGAGGAGGUCGAGAGGCUGGCUGACCACUGCUCCUUCGGCAGCAUGAGCAAGAACCCGGCGGCCAACAACGAGACCUUUAUGGAGGCGCCGACGGAGGCAGCCAAAGGCAUCAAGUUUAUGAGGAAGGGAGUGGUGGGCGACUGGAAGAACCACCUGACGAAGGAGCAGCAGAAGGCCUUCAAGGUGUGGACCAUGAAGUACCUGGAAGGCUCCGACUUCCCCUUCUAUCGUGACUAUGAUGAUGUCUAGUCCCCAGCGGCCUGGCCCUUGCGCAGGAUCCUGAUAUGCCGGGUGGUUCUCGGCGUUCCUGAGGACUUUCUUCUGAAAGGGGGAACUGAGUAAGGCCCUCUCUUCAGGGGAAUUUCUAAAAAUGCGCAAAUUCCUCGGAAUUGCUCUUGUUUUUGUAAUGUUUAUGUGGGAGCUCUAGAAUUUUCAUGAAUACAUUGCUAAGUUGAAUGACUUUGUAUCCAUGGUAUCAAAAAGGAUGUAAGGAUAAUAAAUUAGCAAUGAAUUG